ACACACACACACACACACACACACACACACUUUUCCUCCCUAAAGAGCAGUGGUUAGCUUUAGUACUGCCUUCUAUUAAAAAAUACUAAAUGUUGUAAAAUGCAUUAAAAUGAAAAGUAUUUCAAGGGCAACAGAACGUUGAGGGAGGUAGUAAACCCUAUGACAGCCCAGUCACUAUCCACUAGAUGCUUGUGGCGCUCAUGCCAAUAUAUUCCACGCAGCACUAACAAUCACAAAAGGAUAUACUGUGGGCAGGAGCUGUGUUUUUCUCAGUGACAAAAUAUUGUAGCUUGACGUAUGGAGAAAUAUUGCAGCUUGAUGUAUGGAUCUUACUGGUUUUGCAGAAAUACACACAGUGAAUGAAUAACAACUGCUUAUUGAUAGUGCUAAAAACUGUCUCGAAAGGACCCAACUACAACUGGGUCUGCCUUUCCAUUAGGCAUCUUGUAACUAACCCUUGCCAUCCCCUACCUACAACUAUACCUACCGGUAUGUAACUCAGGGUAACAAUUCAUGCAUCUAUUUAUAUGGACUCCAGUUUACAAAAACUUGUGCCAUAAUAAAUUUGUUUUUAAGUCUUGAAGGUGCCACAAUAAUCUUUAUGGUCUUUGGCCUGAUAAUGCUGGUGACUGGUAAUUCAGAUAUGAAGCUUCUCUAUAUUGAUGCUGACCUCCCAGCUGCACCAGGUGAGUCUUGUUUAGUUCCCAUCUUCUUGGAAGAGACAUCAGAAUACAAUUAUGCUACUCCUUCUCAACAAAGAUCCUAUGGUACUUUUUACAAGGCAUGGGUGUUGGCCUUGUGCCAUGCCUAAUUCCAAUUUAUAAAAUGUAAUUAUCCAAGCAUCCUACCUAAAUAGUACCAUGAAUACAAUGCUAUUUCUCACUUCCUGCCAUUAUAUUGUUGUGUAAUGUCACUGAGUAGCAGUGAACAGUCAAUGUAUAUACAUAAUGAACAAUAAUUACAUUCAAAAUACCUAUGGUCUCUCAGUAUCAAUUGUUAUUAUUAUUUAUCAAAUUUCUAUACCACCCUUCAUCCAAAGAUCAGAGUAUGGUUUACAACAGAAAAACACAUAAAUACGUACCACACUGACAAACAAAAAUAAUAACUCAAGACGCAUCAUUAUUAUUUGUUAAAGUUCUUAUUUAUUAAAAUUUAUCACAUAUUAAAUUUAUUAUUAUUAAAAUAUUAUUGAUUUAAUUUCUAGACCACCCAUAAAUGCUAUGAAGCAGCAACUUCCCCUCCCCACAGUUCUUCAGGUAACAGCAGACAUUUAGGCUGCAAUUUUAAUGGUCUUUACCUCAGUAUAUAUCUUUAGAUUGCACUGGUAGAGCACUUCACUCACAACUAUCAAACAGAGAUAAAAAUGUACAGUAUAAAGGUUAAUAUUGAAACAUUGUUUAGCUAAAGCAUGCCACUCCUCCUCACUGAAGGGGCUUACUGUGCCCAUUGUUGUUACACAUUUGUUAUUAUACCAUUUAUGUCCUGCAAAAUUAACCUAAUCCAUUUUCUUCAUAAAAUAUUAGAGGGAUAUUUAUUGAGGUUGAUGGUGGGUAAGACUUUAUCUUCUGACUUUAUCUGCAGUUUCAGGUGUUCACACAGUCAAAUGCUGAUACUUCUCCCCUUUUCAGUUUUUCAUGCAAAAAUGUGUAUCUCACUAGAGAGGAAAACAUUUUGAGUGACUGGUGCAUACGGAAUGUAAUAUUGACUCUUUCCUAGUUGUUGUCCCAUCCCUCCUUCACUAUCAGAGCGUCUUCCCUUCUUUUAGGGGUGUGGCAAGGUUAAAGUUGCACUAUCACUUCAGGCCAGUGAGUGACUAAAAAGUAAGUUGAAUGUGGCAAAUGUGCUGAGAAUGACACAAUUUUUUCCUAACUGCAGCAUAAAAACAUGCUCUUUCAAGAUGUGACCAGAAGAAAGGACUUUAUUGUACUUAAUCACAUAGCUUUCAACAAGGAAGAUGUUCACAGUUUCUCUAAAACAGGGGCUUAGAGCUCUCCUGAACUUACUUGCAGGGAUACUUGUCCUGAUUUCUGUGGUAUGGAACAUGUCUGCUGUCUUGCAAAAUGGGGAAAUGGUCUUCCCAGAAACUUUUGAAUUGCCUCAAAUUCCCAGCGAGCAGCAUAUUGGACCUUCUAUUUAUCUAGGCUAUAUCGCUGCAGGUUUCCAGCUGCUGAGUGCAGCAUUGGUUGGGAUGGAGAGAUGUUGCAUCAGGACCGCAGCAGAUACAUAUCAGAUAGAAACUGUAGUGGUGAUUACCCCAGGAAGUGCAGUAAAAAGUGAGAGUCUAACUACUUGUUCGAAGUGUGGUUCUCUGCUGGAUCUGGUAAUUCAAGAGAAAUCCUCCGCAGUUGAGAUAGUGGAAAGUCUUGCGGAAGAUCUUGAAAUUCGAGAGGAAUCCUGGGCAGUGGAGAUGGAGGAAAGCCAUGCGGAAGAUCUUGAAAUUCAAGAGGAAUCCUGCGCAGUGGAGAUGGAGGAAAGCCUUGCGGAAGAACUUGUCAUUCGAAAGGAAUCCUGCGAAGUGGAGAUAGAGGAAAGCCAUGCAUCCCAAAGCUCACCUGAAAGACAUCAAAGCCAACCUGAAGUCCCAAAACAUACUAUUAUACAUGUGACUCCCUACAACAGGGAGUAGUGAACUGUCAGAUCCAGAUCCACGCAGAUCGCUCCAUACACACAUACACCCCCUUCGCACACAAGCAUUUCCCCUUCCAGAAGCCUAAUGCUUCUCUUGGUUACAUCUCUGAUUAUCUUUCAGCCCGAAUUGUGAAGACCAGGUGAAGGGUGGGUGGGUGGGUGUAGAGAUCUGUGUGGAUCUGGAUCUGAUAGUUUGCUCUUUACGGUGGAAGGGAAUCACAUGGAGGCCUCUUUUAUGUGUUCUCUAGCAUUUGUGUCCUUGUUCCCUUUAGCUUGUUCCUCUUCUGGAUUUCUUUCCUGUGUGUACUCAUAGAUUUACAUUUUUUGUCAGCUCUUUCGUUUCUCUGGAGGAGUGUUUAUUGGUAGCACCUUGAAUAAAUAGACAAAAUUGGGAUUUUUUCCUUUUAAUGUUAUAGGAUAUCAUCAAUAGACAUUCCUAUUUUUAUCAUUUUCUGCAUACAAUUGUUUUAUAAUUCCUAACAGAUUAUGUUCUAUGUUUUGAAAUUAACUCCAGUACGUUUGUCCAUUGAUCUUCAUUGUGUUCUUUAGUAGUAUAUAAUGUAAUUACAGGUACAGUAAUUUAGUGGUUUUGUUGUGGUUUACUAUGAUAUUUGGCUAAAUUUCCCAAUCUAUUAGCCAAUAAAUUUGUAUUAAAAGGUGAAAAUAAAAAUAAACACACACACCCCAAAUAGCAUGA